AUGGAGAACAGGGUAAUAUUACAGGAAUGGUUUGACCGCGUUGACUCGGAGAAAAGUGGAAGCAUAACAGCGGUGCAGCUGAAGGCAAAAAAGUCUCUAGCUGUGGGCAACCUGCAAUUCCCCCUCUCAGUGGUUCACCAAAUGAUCAAGAUGUACGAUUUCGACAGAAAUGGUACCAUGAGCUUUCAAGAAUUCGUUGCUCUCAACAACUUCCUUCUAAAGGUCCAACAUGCUUUUUCGGAUCUAGAGAGGGGUCGUGGUUUUCUUGUCCCAGAUGAUGUAUUUGAGGCUUUGUUAAAAAUCGGUUUCAAGCUGGAUUCUCCUGCUUUUUAUUCUGUCUGUGAGACAUUCGAUCAAAGUAAAAAUGGAAGGUUUCGGCUGGACGACUUCAUAUCCAUUUGUAUAUUCUUACAAUCCGCACGGAAUCUGUUUAAUUCUUUCGAUACAGCGAAACAAGGCAGGGUUACUCUCGAUCUGAAUCAAUUUGUCUAUUGUACUGCCAAUUGCAGAAUAUGA